UAUGUGUGUCGUGUAUGGGCGAAACGAAUUCACACAGAGCGAACGCACAAGUGUGUCGUGUAUGGGCCCUAUUAUACAAUGGAUUGCUAAACAAUUAUGUUGGUUUUUUGGCAAUGUAAAGUUUUAUUUGAAUCGUUAGACUUCAAUUCAAAAAGUUGGAGUACAUUUUAUUGUCAAAUCUGUAGCAAUUGUAUUUUUAAAUAAAAAAUGGCGGGCAUGGGUAACUUAUCGAUCGCAGAAAAGGAAGAACUUAUUGGGCAAGUGAAGCAGCAAAUUGCAGUGGCUAAUGCUCAAGAAUUGUUGACGAAAAUGACCGAGAAGUGCUUCAAAAAAUGUGUUGCUAAACCAGGUGUACAAUUGGAUUCUUCUGAACAGAAAUGUAUUUCAAUGUGCAUGGAUAGGUACAUGGAUUCCUGGAAUUUGGUGUCACGCACUUACAGCAAUCGUUUACAACGUGAACAGAAUAAGAUGUAGAAGUGUGCAAAUAUAGUGUUGUUCGACGAUUUGCAAAUUUUACUUGUCAUCAAUCAUGAUUUAGUUUUAUAAACAAUAUUUUAGGCAAAUGUUGUUACUUUCAAAUUCUGCUGAUUUAAAACAUAAUAUUUUGUUAUAUAAAUAAAUUUUACAAAUUAACAGCCCUAUUCUCAUGUACACAAAAAUCACCGCCCUCACUAUUGUUAGGUUUUCCAUAUGCUGAUCUCCAAAAGUUUAAAUUGUCAUAAUCUCACAAAUUCUUGAUGUCUGAGCAAACCUAACACUGCAAAGUCUGCUGUUUGUUUUGUUAAUUUCAAUGUUUUUUAAAUAAAUUACAAUAUUUUUUUUAUAGAAAUAGGGUGAAGGAAGGCGUUAUCAAUUGUAUAUAAAUAUUUGUCUAUUACAAUAAAUAUGUAACUUACGGUCUUUGAACAUUUUA